AUGAUGAACCUAUGCACAAAAUGGUGCGGUGCUGGCAACAUUGCAGAUGGCUACGAAGAUCUUGGUACUGAGAUCGAAGCUGAUAUGUGUUGUCGAGAUCAUGACAAUUGUCCCGAAGUGAUCCCAGGAGGAGAGACCAGGCACAAUCUCACUAACACUGUAUUUUACUCAAGAUUAAGUUGUCAUUGCGACAAUACGUUCCACAGAUGUCUGAAGUCCGCUGAUACGCGGGCAGCAAACAUAAUAGGCAAUAUAUAUUUCAACGCACUGCAAACUAAGUGUUAUCGGAAGGACUAUCCCAUUCUUAAAUGUACGAAAAGAGGAGGAUGGUUUAACACGAAAUGCCUGGCAUAUUCGUACGACACAAAAGCCGAACAACAAUACCAAUGGUUUGACGUGAAAGAAUUUUAA